AUGCAUCUGGUUACUGAUGUCCGGAAUAUAGUGGAAACGGCGCCGCACGUGUUCGUGUACAACCGCACGUUUGCAGAAAAGUCGGCCGCGGCCGACGCCGCGUGGAGCGAGCUGUUCCCGCGGCAGGCGGGCUACUUCUCGCACCCGUCGCUGGCGCCGCAGCGGUCGACGUUUUCCGUGUUCCACUACCUGCACUGUCUCAACGGCAUCCGGCAGGGCUACUGGGCGGUGCACUCGGCAGCCGUGGCGGGGGAGAAGUUGAACGCCAGCAGCCUGCCGAUGAUGAUCUCGGCGCCGCACGUGCGGCACUGCAUCGACCUGCUGCGCCAGAGCCUGAUGUGCAACGCCGACCUGACGGUCGAGGUCAAGGACGAGGCGGCCGGUGGCGUGCACGGCUUCGGCGAGGAGCACCGCUGCGUCGACUGGUCGGGGCUCGUCGGCUGGACUAGCGCGUGGGAGACGCAGACCAAAGAGCAGAAGGAGCAGGCCCAAAAGCACGGGGGCGAGCAGAUGCAUCACCACCACGAUUGA